CUUCCCCUUCCUACUGCUCAUCACCCCUCUGUGGCUUCUGCAUAAAUAGCACUCGUGUUUUUUUGAUUCAAGUUUCUGUGUUUUUCCUUUGCACUAACAAAGCUGCAAGUUGUGAACAACAAAAAGCAGAAGAAGGAAAUACCGAAGACACCAGAAGGCAGAAAAGCUGAGGCUAAAAUUUUCCAUGCCGCAUUCCUGGAAUAUGCUGGCAGAUGUGGAGAGGGGAUUGCUUUCCCACUACUAAACAAGCAACAGUUCUGAAACCUUCCUCUUAAAGUACCAGUAGUUGCAGAAAGACCGAGGGCCCUACUCUAGACUAUGAAUAUUUCCAAGAUGGUGUUAAAUGACAGCUUCACUAACAGCUCAUCCAACUGCACGAUUGAUGGCUUCAAGCAAGCUGUUUAUCCUGCCACGUAUCUCAUUAUCUUUUCCCUGGGAGUUGUUGGAAACAGCUUCUCCAUAUAUGUCUUCUUCCAGCCUUCCCAGAGAAAGACUUCAGUAAACAUCUACAUGCAGAACUUGGCCAUUUCAGAUCUCAUGUUUGUGAGUACUUUGCCCUUUCGGGCCACCUAUUUUCUGUUAGGAUCGCGCUGGAUAUUUGGUGAAAUCCUUUGCAGGAUCAUGACUUACAGCUUGUACGUUAACAUGUACUGCAGCAUUUAUUUUCUCACCGUGCUGAGCGUGGUUCAUUUUAUAGCCAUCGUCUACCCGUUCAAGCACUGGAAAGUAACUAACGCUAGGUAUGGCAGGAUAACAUGCACAGUGAUAUGGGUCUUUGUGCUGACAGCCUCCAGCCCGCUGUUAAGCAAAGAAAUUGCUGGGUACAGCCACUCAGCCAAGUGCUUGGACCUCCACCCAGACAGCACACUCAGGCUCUUCCUGAUGAACAAUGUCGUCCUUGUGGUGGGCUUCAUCCUGCCGUUCUGCACAAUUAUCAUCUGCUACGUCUUUGCCAUCAGAGUGCUGCUCAAGACCGGGACUCCUCAUCAAAAAAAGACGGUCUGUCACAAGAAGGCACUGUCGACCAUCAUCAUCACUCUGAUCCUGUUCCUCCUGUGCUUCCUACCAUAUCACAUACUGCGAACUGUGCACCUGAGGCACAGUGAGUGCCACCAGGACAACCUGCCUUUGCACAAAGCGGUGGUGAUCACUCUCUGCCUCGCCGCCAUGAACAGUUGUCUCGAUCCUGUGCUCUAUUACUUUGCUGCUGAAAAUUUCAAAGCACGAAUCAGAAGUUUAUACCGCAGGAGAAAGAAUCUAAGAACAGCGCUGCACCUACAAAGUUAAAGCAACAGGAAACUUUUCAGCUGAAAGCUGCACCAGAAACAAAGACAGAUUUUUGACUGCCUCCCGAACCAUUUGACCUGCGGCACAAGGAAAGGCUGCUCUUCACACUUGCUGCGCAGCCCUGGCUCAGGGCCACGUGUGCCUGACACUGCAGCAUGGCAGCCAGCUGGGGACCAACACAUGCCUGGGGAACGUGGACCCAUCACCGCCUCCCACUUCACCUCUUCUCCAGGUGUGACCCUGGGCCCUCCCGCAGGACAGAAUUGCUGCUCGCUGUUUUAUAAAAGAGCCUUUCAUAUACAUAAAAAAAGAAAGCGUUACAGAUCAGAAGACCAAAAAAAAAAAAGUUGAGGAUAAAUGUUACUCUGCAACUAGUCAGCGGCAAAGAAAAGUCUUUCACAGAAGACUGGUGCAGAUGGGAAGAGAAUCACUGAACAAGAUGGUUUUCUCUGAUAUGGACUAAAGAAUU